GGGAGAUUGGCAUCAAGAAUGUAAACUCAACAAAUCUGCAGAAACUGCAUGAUGCUAACAUCCCCACGUAGAUAGAAAACUCUGAGGGAUGUAACUACACCUAAAUGUACAAGCAGUUCUUAAGGCAAAAGUGGUCCAACCUUGUACCACCAUGUUGGCCGGGGAGUGUAUAUCAAGAGUGAUUCAUUCAUGGUCUGUGUGCCAAUAAUUUUUGUUGAGUAAGCUUUGAUGCCCACACCUGAUAAUGAUUUCAAUUCACUAGAUGCUGAAGCUCAGAAAAGUGGUGGGAACAUCUUGAUAUAAAAAAAAAGAGAGAGAAUGAGAGAAAUGAUGGUUAUUGUGCAGCUGCAAUUUAGGAUUAUGUGAUGCAUCUCAAACUAGGCUUCAGAACACCCUGCAUAUCUGUAGUUACACAAAUGUGACUGGUUUGCAGUGAGUUUUUGUUGUAAGUGUAGCCCAUCUGCCUGGUAUCAUGCUUAAUUAUUUAUUUAUUUUUACUUUCAAACAUGUUGUCAUACAAAGUUAAAUCUCUACUGACCCCUUUGUGCUAAAUAAAGAUACAAAACUCGGGUCUGUGUUUUAUGCAUUACAAUUGUUUUAUGUAGAAUACCAAGAUAUGAGGUCAUUGUGACAUGAAGUGCCCAGAUGAAACCGAUUCACUCAUCAAGCAUCCACGCUCUCUGACAAGCACAUGCAUGUGCUCCAGUUAUACCAAUUACAGGAUUAUAAUAGGGUAACUCUCUACAACUGGACCCAGCAAUGGAAAGUCAAGUGAGUGUCUGUGUCUGUGCGUAUAUAUGCGUGUGUGUUUGGUGGAGCCACUCAGGAGACAGGGCCUAUGCAGAGCACUCGCAGUGCUAAUUAGGCGGCAACAACCUAACCGAGUACAUCACAGGGAGCAGGAGAGAAUAGAACGGAGAGACGGGAUGAAGUGAGGAACGUGUGCAGGGGGAGCCAGCAAAAGCAGAGCUCAUCUCCUGAGGUGGUUAUGGAGGGAGAGAAAGAGAGGGGGAGUGAGAGAGAGCUGUAAGAUGAUAACAACCAAAAUAUGUUGCAUGCAGUGGGGUCCUCCGGCGCUGAAAGAAUUUUAGUUCAGAACUGUACAAUUUAGCCAGGUAUAUGCGACAUCUAAGCUUGCCUGCAUAUAUGUGGAUAGUUGUGUGUGUAACAUUUAUGUGGCAUAACGUGUACCAAAGAACACAACAGGUGCAGAAACCACACAAAGAUCCUUGGCAGCUCUGCUCUGUGGAAUUUAUGAUCUGGAACAUCUGUCAUUCUCCCUCUUUGUUUGAAGAGAACCACCUUUCUCUUCUUCUGUAGCAGAUGAGGCUGAUUUUAUAAAAAAAAAAAAAAAAAAAAAAAGGGAGUUUAAACAGGAUAUGGUGGCGAUGGUGGCGAUAAGUAAGAGCUGAGUCCCUCCUCCAGGGAGUGGCGGCCCUGUUGUCCCCCCUUGGAAGGAGACUGUGAAAGGCACAGCCAUCCAGGCAGCAGCUUGACUUCAGGGAGAAAAGGACCACAAAAAGGCAGGGACACAGACAGGAGGCUCUUAUGUGUGUUUGUGUGGCUGAACGUGUGCGUCUUCAUGUGUGGGUUCACACUCUCUAAGCAGCGUUGUGAAGCGUAACCAGGCUGUUCUGUCAUACGCCCACGCCGGUGUCUCAGAGAACACAACUACACACUUCCCAGAUGACAUGCACACACAUGCACACAACCGCAGCCCCGGCAAGCCGUACCACAGCUGAUAUGUAAUUAACAGACAGAGGAAAUAGCCCUGUUGGGGUGGCUUAGGCAGAUGCAGGAUGGAAGGGAGGGGAGAAAGUCACCUCAGCUCGUGUGUGCCCUCAAGACACACCAUCCCUCUGUAGCUUCGCCAUGUGUGUUUUGCUGGAGGAUUGAAGGUGGGGAAGAAGGCAUGAGCCAUGAGCCAAAGUCACCAUCGUUAGGAAUGAUCUCCACAGCGACACGUACCACGGCGACGGUCAGCCCCCUCACCCCGUCACCUAUUAACGGUUCCAUCGUAGCAAAUGGAAGCCCAGCUGCCCAGUCAGCCCACUCCGGAUUCGCCGCAGCCCUACGUAAACUGGCAAAACAGGCAGAAGAACCUCGAGCUGCAUCCUCCAUCAGCAGCGAGUCGUCUCCCGUCUCCUCACCAGCCACAAACCACAGCUCUCCAGUCAGUACGCCCAAGAGGGGCCCCCUUGGUCCGGGGCCUGUCCUGGUUCCCCCAGUGGGCCACAGUGUGCCAAAUACCCCACCUGUAGUCACCAUUGCUCCAACAAAGACGAGCAACGGCCUGUGGAGGAACGAGGGACGGCAGGCUGACUCGGGGCCCCGUGGGGCCAGCAGGGAACGUCUGGGUGUGGAGGGGAGCUUCUCCCAGGAGAAAGGUGGCCCCUCAGUCCCUGCUCACCUCCUGGGAAACCCCUAUGCCUUCGGUCUCACCCCUGGUGCUGUCAUGCAGGAUUCACGGUUUCCGCCUCUUAAUCUACCCAGACAGUUGCCUAAUGCAGUGCCUCCUGGUGCUGUACCAGAGGAGUACAUCCGGAGUUUUCGGCCCUAUGCCACAACGGAGGAUCCCCUAAGGAUGCAAUCUCUGCCCCUUGGCCUGGACCCUGCAGCAGCAGCAGCUGCUGCGGCGUACUACCACCCCAGCUACCUUCCCCACCCCUCCUUCACACCAUACAGGAUGGAUGACCCGUUCUGCCUUUCUGCUUUGCGGUCACCUUUCUAUCCACUGCCAACAGGGGGAGCCUUACCCCCCAUUCAUCCUUCUGCUGUUCACAUGCACCUACCAGGCGUCCGCUACCCUGGAGAUUUUGCACACCCUUCACUGUCAGCAAUGCAGUCUGAGAGACUCCAGCUGGAAGAUGAGCUGCGACAGCGUGAGAGGGAGCGUGAACGAGAACGCGAGCGUGAAAAAGAGAGGGAGCGUGAGGCCGAGAGAGAAAAAGAGCGAGAGAGAGAACGAGAGCGCGAAAGGGAGCGGGAGAAGGAGCUAGAGAGGGAGAGGGAGCGUGAACGGGAACGCGAGAGAGAACGAGAGAAGGAGAGGGAAAGAGAGAAGGAGCUGGAGAGGCAGAAGGAGAGGGCUCUGAGAGAGAAGGAACUGCAGGCAUCCAAAGCCAUUGAGAACCACUAUCUGGCUGAGCUCCACAACAUGAGAGGACAGGAGGAACGAAGCAAGCCUGAGAGGCUAACCCCUAAUCGGGCUGAAAAAGCCAAAGAGCCCGCUCUUCCAGCUCCCAAACCCGUACCGCCUGGAAUCCACCCUUCACUGGUUCAGCCUCAUCAUCACGUUUCUGGUCUGAUCUCCAACCAUGGCCUCUACAUGGGCUCUGGUGCUGUGGGCACAGGACUCUCCGCCUCAAUGAUCACACAGAGGGCCAACGAGGAGGAGCGGUGGUUGGCACGCCAACGCAGGCUGAGGCAGGAAAAAGAGGAUCGCCAGUCCCAGGUGUCUGAAUUCCGCCAGCAGGUUCUGGAGCAGCAUCUGGACCUGAGCCGUCCCGCUGACGCACCAGAUCACAGGACAGACUCUCACAGGUCCAUGCAAAACCACCAUGAACCAGGAAGCAGGGAACAUCACCCCCACCUAGGUGCCCCUCCACCCCUCAUCUCGCCCAAACCUCCGCAGCCCUCACGUGAGCACCACCCUCCACCUCCAACAACCCUGUGGAACCCUGCCUCUCUCAUAGAAACUGCCUCAGAAUCCAGACGUAACCAUGAGCCCUCAGGGAUGGGACACUAUGAGCUCAGUCGGGGCCCCUCGGGGCCCUCCAAAUAUGAAGAUGGAAUGCGAAGGAGAGACAUGGCAACGAUGGAGAAAUAUCCCCCUAUCAGAGCUCCUCUAGUAAUCCCCGAGCACAGCACCUUCCUUGCUGAUCUAGAGAAAUCCACCCAGUCCUUCCUUAGCCAGCAGAGGGCAUCAAUGUCUCUGCCAAGUCAGUAUGAAAUGGAGGGAAGCUUAAAAAUUAAUGCUGGACUGAAGAACCUUCAGGGACAUCCAGUGCACAGCAGACAUGGACAAGGUCUUGGAAUGAUAGCAGGAUCUGGGAUUGGACCAGUAACUGCACAAGGAAUGGGUCCAGACACAUUGCUGAUCUAUGAUGAGUUUCUUCAGCAGCACCGAAGGCCUGUCAGUAAGCUGGACCUGGAGGAGAAGAAGAGAAGAGAGGCCAGAGAGAAAGGUUACUACUAUGAGCUGGAUGACUCAUAUGAUGAGAGCGAUGAGGAGGAGGUGAGAGCCCAUCUCAGGAGAGUAGCAGAGCAGCCCCCACUGAAACUAGAUGACUCUACAGAGAAAUUAGAGUUUCUGAAAAUGUUUAGCCUGACCACAGUGAGCCAGCGUGAUGAGCUUGUGCAGCAAAAGAGAAGGAAAAGGAGGAGAAUGCUCAGGGAGCGCAGCCCUUCACCUCCUGCUUCACAGUCCAAACGCACUCCCCCACCACCUCCUGCUCAGCUCAGCACACGCUUCACUCCUGAGGAAAUGGACCGAGCACCAGAGCUGGAGGACAAGAAGCGAUUUCUCACCAUGUUUAAACUCUCUCAUAUCAACGUGGAGGAGAGAAAAGACAAUGAAAGGGUGGUGGAACUGCUUCAAGCCAUUAAAGAAAAAAGUGUAACCUUGGAUACAAUCAGACACACACCUCACCCACUGUGCAAGAGCCCUCCAGCACACAUCUCUGAUCCAGCAUUUAGCCAGCCCUCCUCUGAAUCUGAAGACCACCAUAAUGUCAGACAGCAUAGUCCUCCGUCACAUUGCCCAGCAUCCCCCAGUGGUCAUCUAAAACCCCUUGGGGACACCUUACGGCCAAAGCCCCCCCUCUCCCCAGCUGUCUACCGGGGGACUGGUGAGGGAUCCAUCUCGAAGAGGAACUCCAGCUUGCUCAACAGCUUGCGGCCGCCGCUCUCCCUGCAGGCUAAAGAGGGACCUCACAGCGUCAACGGCCGCACAAAACCCUGGGACAGCUUCACCCCAGAGGAAUUCGCACAGCAGUUCCAUGAAUCUGUGCUUCAGUCCACUCAAAAAGCUCUGCAGAAACACAAAGGAGUAGCAGCAGGUGUGUCAGAGUCAUCUCACCUCCAGGAGUCGUCGGUCCACUAUAACAUUCCUGAGCUUCAGAACACCCCUAGCCGUCCGCCUCAGCCACUUGCACAGCCUCACUUGAAUGCACCACCGUUUCCCCAUCCCCUUUCCCACUCUCACUCUCAACCCAACGGACAGCACUUUCCAAUGCCCCUCCACAAGGAGGCAGCAGUGAUGAGGGAGGACCUGUCUGGUCCAGAGGAUUUGGAAGAGGAAGAUGAUGAGGAGGAAGAGGAGGCUCCAGUUCCAAAGUGGCAGGGAAUUGAAUCUAUAUUUGAAGCAUAUCAGGAAUAUGUUGAAGAGCAAACUUUGGAGAGACAGGUAUUACAGAGCCAGUGUCGAAGACUAGAAGCUCAGAACUACAACCUCAGUCUGACAGCUGAGCAACUGUCUCACAGCAUGGGGGAGCUGAUGUCCCAGAGACAGAAGCUUGCAGUGGAAAGGGAGAAGCUACAAGCAGAGCUGGAGCACUUCAGGAAGUGUCUGACACUGCCGCAGACACACUGGCCAAGAGGCAGCCAUUACAAAGGAUACCCUCCUAGGUGACCCCGACAUGCCAACCUGAAGACCCCCAGCCCCCAGCUGCCUCCCCUUCAGACUUGAAGUUUAUUUUUUCACCGCCUGGUCCUCGUGGCUCCAUGGAGGGGAAUAUGGCUGGCUAGAUAAGAUUAGUGAAUUCAAUGGCUUGAGUGAAUGAAUAAACAGGUGAAUGCACAAGAGACAGGACCAUUCAGUGAAGGACAGUUAGUCUUUGGAUCGUGGCUUGCCAGGGACUGUUCCAAAAGCCACUGACACGUGCCAAUGUAGCCAACCCUGAAAUCAGCCAGACAGGAGAACCUGAAGAUCAACACACAGUCAUAAGCAGUUGCCUGCUAGUCCCAUUCUUCAGCUCCUGCUGCGCUGCUGUGUUGUCCCUGCAUCCCCACAGUCACACAGACAAUCCUGCCAAUGAAGGAGCAGCUGCCCCCUCCCUCCCCCCACCCGGGGGAGGGUUUCAUCACAAGACUUGAAAGCUCCAAAUCUCCAAACGAAGGCUUCCGGCCAGUUGGGACUGAUUUUUACGACAUCGGCCACGUGAGCUUUCGAACUGGAAAUGCACUUAAGAAUAAAAGCUGAAGAACUACCUGGUGGUACUGUGUUACAAUAAAGAACUAUUCAAAUUAGAGAAAAACCUAGAAAAUGUACAUUUUUGAAAAGAAUUAAGGAAAUGUUUUAUUUCAAAAUAGAAAGUUUGAAAAUAAGAAUUUUAAAGGGUGCUUCAGCCUUGUAUUGUACAUACUAUGAAGACUUUAAUGAAUUUUGUAUGUUUUUAUUACUUUAUUCAUUGUUCUUUUAAAACAAAAAGCCUGCCAUUUUUAUAUGUUUAUGCUUUUUGGGGGGGGUUGAAAAAAAAAAAAAAAAGCCUUGCUUUUAUUGCUUUUGCUGCUGCUGGCCGGAAAACAUUAACUCUGAGAUGUUCCACAGAAGCAGGACGUUUCUGUCCGGACUGAGCAGCUGAGACCCAGCCACAGCCCACCUCACCUGGCCUCUGAGCUCAGCAAAGCUGGCUCGGAGACCCUGAAACAUAGUCUCCCCGUCGCUGCACAGCAACAUACCUGUGUUUUCACUCUUCCUCUUUUAUGCUUCACUGCUGCUGGCAUGACUAGUUAGCUUGUGAUAUCCUCAUCCAUAAACCACAUUCACAGUGAUAUACAGGUGCAUCUCAAUACUUAAAAAUAUCAUUGAGAAUUUAUUCAGUUUUUCAAUUGACAAGGCUUACAUAAAUAUUACAAUAAAUAUUACAGAGAUUUAUUAUAUAUAGAGUGAUCUAUUACAAGUGAUUAUUUUUGGUUAAUUUUAUUGAUGGUCUUGCAUCUAAUAAAAAAAAAAAAAAUUUUGUUUUUUGGAAAAUAGAUUUUAAAAACAGACAUGAAAACUAUUUCCAUGUACUGUGCGGUGUCUGCACUCAAAACUUGGUCAGGGCUCCUUUUUGCACUAAUUACUGCAUCAGUGCAGCGUGUCAUGGACGCGAUCAGCCUGUGGUCCUGCUUAGGUGUUAAGGAAGCCCAGGAUGCUUCGAUAGAGACCUUCAACUGCUCUGCAUGUUUGGGUCUGGUGUCUCUCAUCUCGCUCUUUACAAAACUUCAAAUAUUCUAUGUGGGUUUUUGUUCAGUCCAGUUUGCUGGCCGAUGAAGUACAGUGAUAACAGGGUCCUUAGGCAGAUGUUGGUACUUUAAACAGUGUGAACAGGUGCCAAAUCCUGUUGGAAGAUGAAUGCAACACAGAAGACCAACACAAGCAGAUGACAGGGUACCCCAAAUCAUCACUGACUUGUGUUGCCAUUCAUGUCAGUUUUGAAUUGAAUUGCUGAAAUAAAUUGACUUUUUGAUAGUCCAAGUUAUUGGGAUGCACCAUUACAGAUAUAAAUAAUCUCAUAAGCAGCCAGCAGAAGAUACUGCUUUUUCAUGCUUUAUCUAAAUAUUGGAACUUUAUUUUAGCUUUUAAAACAGUACAUUGGAGCUGCAGUAAUGAUAGCUGAAAGGAAGUCCUUACCAAACAGCCAUUAAAGGACACAGUGCCAAAUAAAUCGAAGCAUUUUAUAAUCUUGACUUGGUUAGAGUUGCAAUUGGAGAGCCAAACGUUCAACUGAGAACCUUCCUCUCAUCUUCACCUUUUUUAAUAAGAAUCCCCCUGUUGCCUAAAGCUGUCAACAUGUUCAACCCUAUUAGCCACAAAAGUUACACAAUUGAACUGGACAUGAUUAGGAAGGGUUUGCUUUACCUUUCAUACAUUUUUCUUUUUUUUUUUAAAAUAACCCCUCGUCUGCCCUGAACUCUGUCCAGUAUUACACAGACUGCUUUUACCGUCAGAAUCAUUCAACCUCAGUUUUAGGGCUGGAUGUGCCAUCUGAAACCCUGGAGGCCAUCAGUGACACGACCACAUCAUUGUUUUUAAGGUGUUGACGUAAAAGGGUGAAUUCGUUCAAAGAGAAAUGAUUUUAAAUGUACCUAAAGUCGAUUUAUAACAAAGAUUAAAGCACAACUAUGCCACACGAACCCUAUAUCACUUCCAAGUGCCUCAGGAAUUUGGGAGCAUGUGAAUUAGUCGCUGUCCACACGUUGAGCGAUCAGGGACUUUACAUCCAAGUGUCUGCAGUAUCUCUCACAUUUUAAAUAAGUCAAAGAGAUGACACUAAAUGCGUUUUUCUAAACACAAAUCACUUCACUUGCAACCUUUUUUUUUUGUUGAAUAAGCAAGGCUUAAACCAGAUGAGAGUUAAAAAGUGCACUCUGUUACUUUUCCACAGCAGCAGAGAGCCAACCGUGCAGCCUAUCGGUAAAUGAGGACGCAGGCAUGCUGAGGUAAGCUGCCAAUUAGCUGGAGAGGAAAGUUCAGUAAGAUAAGGCUCUUACUCAGCCUCCCUGGGUCUCCAUCUCCAACCCACGCACUCCCAUGCAAUAGCCCUGUUUACUCAGUGGAGGAUGUCUAGAUGCUGUGAAAUCCUGUUUUUUUUUUGUUUUUGUUUUUUUAAAUGUACCUGUUUAAAUUCAUUGUAAUGUAAUAUAUUCUUUGUUGAAUGUAGUAAUUAGGUAUUUAUGAAUAUAUGGCUGUGAUUUCAGACAAAAAAGAAAAUAAAAAUACUUUGUCAAAAUGUCAAA